UACAGUAUCUGCAGGAAUCUCAAGCUUAAAUACCUUUUUUUUUUUUUACAGCAGAGAGUAAAAGGACAUUUAGAGGUGAUUGUGUUGUAACUCAAUCUAGUCUGAGCUGUACUGCAGACUGUCCAAACUAACUCCAGUCUGAAAGCAGCUUUGUUCUCCUGCUGCAGCCCGGCACCACCUACUAAAAUGUGAACAUUAGAGAUUUUGAUUAAUACAUGAGACAGUGCAACCAACCACAUGCACUCUUCACAAACUGGGUCCAGACACCAGUCUUGAGCCACAAAGGAUGAUGGAAACUGCAUAAACAAGUAAUUCUUAAUAUAAGUUUGUCCCUGAUUAGUUUUCACGUGCAGUCGUAACCUAAAUGCAUUAAAGCCAAUUUGACAUUUCCUUCUAAUAGUUUUCAUGUCAUCUUACCAUAUUAACACUGCUUAAAUGAGGUCGGAUGUCAAGACAAUAUUCUAACUCCAAACAUGCCAAUCGACAGUAGACUGUUUGUUUCAGAAAACUGCACCAGUAUAGGACAGUGGUUUAAGUCAUGCUGCACCGCUCCCUUACUACGCUGAGCUUUUGACCUUGCCCUGUGACCUCCUUGUUUCAUUAAAAGUGUUGACAAGUUGAAAAUGUUGCAUAUCUCUUCUGCGUAAAAGCAUGAGCAUGAGGGAGGGCACAUUAGGACCAAGACAAGAGGGGGAUGUACACUUCCAUUCGAGGUGUAGCACGAGACCAGCUGUUUCUACUGCUACUGGAGAUACAUGACUUGAAAUCAUCUGUGUCUGCUGCUGCCAGUGACAGCAGGAACUGUUCCAGAUACUUGAAAGUUUGCCGAGCAUCCAGCAGAGGUCAGCCAUGCCACACAUCAACACCACUGAGCUGCAGUCGCUCCUGCUCUCCUUCCUCCAGCGCUGCCUUAACAGCACAAGUGUACUGUCUCCACUGAUACCUCAGAACUACACUACCCAGGAGGCUGUGCACCACAUGGCUGGAACCAGAGCCCCCACUCAGUCUCAGGGCAUGAUGUAUAUCCUCCUGGUGGUUGGCAUGUUCAGCUUCUUCACAUUUGGCAUCAUGCUCAGCUACAUUCGUUCCAAGAAGCUGGAGAGCUCUCAGGAUCCAUAUCACCAGUACAUUGCCCACGACUGGACCAAGGUGAUGACUCCGUCCAGGGCCGUCGCUCAGGCGCUGCACAGGGAAGCUGCACGGGACGGAGCCAGCAGCAAGGAGCCCAUCGUCAUCUGCAACCCUGCGACACUGGAGUAG